ACAUAUUUGUCAGCUGCCUGAGACAGUAAGCUCGCACUCCAGGUCAGUGUUCAGUCCGGUGCAGACGUUCUUUGCCUCCUCUCCGUUUUUCUUUCUGUUGGCCAGCAGGACAUUAAGCAGCCAUGGAAGCCAUCAAGAAGAAGAUGCAGAUGCUGAAGCUCGACAAGGAGAAUGCCUUGGACAGAGCAGAGCAGUCUGAGGGAGACAAGAAGGCAGCGGAGGACAGAACCAAGGCGCUGGAUGAUGACCUGGUUGCCCUGCAGAAGAAGCUCAAAGGAACCGAAGACGAGCUGAGCAAGUACUGUGAGGCCGUGAAAGAUGCUCAGGAAAAACUGGAAAUGGCCGAGAAAAAAGCCACUGAUGCUGAGGGUGAAGUGUCUUCCCUGAACAGACGUAUCCAGCUGGUUGAGGAGGAGUUGGAUCGUGCACAGGAACGUCUGGCUACGGCUCUGCAGAAGCUGGAGGAGGCUGAGAAGGCUGCUGAUGAGAGUGAAAGAGGCACGAAGGUUAUUGAGAACAGGGCUCUGAAGGAUGAGGAGAAGAUGGCGGUGCAGGAGAUCCAGCUGAAGGAGGCCAAAAACAUUGCAGAGGACUCCGACCGCAAAUACGAGGAGGUGGCUCGUAAGCUGGUGAUCGUUGAGACUGAGUUGGAGCGUACAGAGGAGAGAGCUGAGCUAAACGAGCUUAAAUGCUCUGAACUGGAGGAGGAACUGAAGACAGUCACCAACCUCAUGAAGUCCUUGGAGGCCCAGGCUGAGAAGUACUCUUCGAAGGAGGACAAAUAUGAGGAGGAAAUCAAGCUUUUGACUGACAAGCUGAAGGAGGCUGAGACUCGUGUUGAGUUCUCAGAGAAAUCAGUUGCCAAGCUGGAGAAGACUAUUGAUGAUCUGGAGGAUGAGUCGUAUGCUCAGAAACUCAAGUACAAAGCCAUCAGCGAGGAGCUCGACCACGCCCUUAACGACAUGACCUCCAUAUAAACGAUCCGAUCCCUGGUCCAUGCUCCGGCCGAGUCGCUUCACUUCACGCUUCAGUUCUUCUCCAUUUCUCUUUCCUUUCUCACUUCCUGUCACUGCUUCCCUCCAUCCAUGGCGAUCGGUUAUUCCAUCCACUAUACAGAACCUUUGAGUGGUUUUGCUUUCUGUAAAAUAAUAAACCUUUAUUUCGGCGAUGUAAAGCUCCCUACUCACUCAGUCUCUUUUAGUUUGUCUUAGUUUUUUUCUUAUAUCUUUAAUUUAUUCUCGAGAAGCUUGAAUAAAAACUGGAAAAGCUGCUCUA